CAACUCUAUUACGCUGCACACAGCCAGGCGUUUAACCCUAGGCGAAGAGGAGGAGGAGAAAAUUCCCAGAUCCAGGCAGGCCCCGCACCCCACAUCCCAUCCUGUUUCGAGAGGAGGAGGGAAGAGAAAUAAACGUGGCAGCAGCGCAUUUAAGGCCAGCGAGGAGGUUGGGAACUGGUGACCCGAGGGGCAUGCAAUUUGGAAACAAUCAGGACCUUGAGCUCCCACCCUCAUUUUGCAGAGCCCUCCCGCUUCCACCUCCCCUUUCCCCACUCCUCCCCUGGCCAGCCAUCUACCCUUUGGAGUGCUAGAAAAUGGGUGUGCCAGCUUCUGUUAGAGGGAUGGCGGGUUUGGCGCUGUCUGAGCAUAACCGGAGGGGGGCCCCUGAAUCUGGAAUUAGACCGCAGCGCUAACUGCCAGACUGCUUUCCAGACGCCUUUGGCCCACACAGCACUUCGCCCUCGUCGUUUCGGUCCUGGAAAAGGAAUUUGGGGUAAUGCUAGACCUGGAGGCCGGGGAGUGAAGAAAGGCUUUCUGGCUCCAAUGUCUGCAGCCUAUAUUUCUGCCCUUCAAGUCUGUCCUUAGCACGAAGCACUAACUGAACUGAAGGAAGAACAAACGGCCCUGAAUUCUUGGAGGUCUGUCUGCCUAUUAGGCUCUGAGGAAUUUCAGGCACAGUGGAAAAGAGCAAACUGCUCCUGAUCCCAGGAAGUUGGUCCUGCUUAGCUUGCUGCCUUGGGCAGAGCUUGCAAGUCUGACCUGAAGAGCCUCACCUUGACCUUGACGUGAACGCAUCCCUCUUGGGCAGGCCAGUUUGACACCCUGGAUCAGAGAUUCACCCCAGCCACACCAUGAGCCGUGUUCGGGAUGCUGGCUGCGUAGCUGCGGGGAUAGUGAUUGGGGCUGGUGCCUGGUUCUGCAUCUACAAAUACACCAGGGGUAAAGAUCAGAAGAGGAAAAGACUGGCCAAGCCCAAGAGCCGGUCUGUGGCCGGAACUGGAGCCAGGGCUAGAACUGGGCCAAAGGCUGUAUUCACAAUUGACCUUGGGCCACGAUUCAAUCCCCCAACCCCAGUCAGUCCUGGGGCAGAGGACAAGGCCCAAGAUGAAGCCUCUACUCUUGAUAUGACUGGAGCUGAGGCAGUAGUCCCAGCUGCAUCCAGCGCUGAGGCUCAGAGUGGGGCAGGAAGUCAGACAGAUGGAACUGGGAUUGGGCAUCAGGUUGAAACAGUAGUUGGGGUUGCAGCAGCCUCUGAAGUAACACCACCUCCUAGGGUGGCAGAGACUCCCACAGCUGUAGAAGCCUCUGCAAUGGCAGAUGCUCCCAAAGUGGCAGAAGUUCCCAGUGCAAUGGAGGUUCCUGGGGCAGCAGCACUUCCCAGGGCAUCAGUACCUUCUGGGGCAGCAGCACCCCCCAGGGCAGCAGCACCUUCUGGGGCAGCAGCACCCACCAGGGCAGCACCUUCUCCUGGGGCAGCACCAGUGCCCUCUGGGGUAGCAGCACCUCCAAGGGCAACACCUUCAGGGGCAGCAGCACCUCCCAGGGUAUUAGCACCUUCUGGAGCAGCAGCACUUCCCAGGGCAGCACCUUCUCCUGGGGCAGCAGCACCUCCCAGGGCACCAGUGCCUCCUGGGGCAACAGCACCUCCCAGGGCAACAGCGCCUCCUGGAACAGCAUCAUCAGCCAGGGCAGCAGUGCCUCCUGGGGUGGCAGCACCUACCCAGACAGCUGCAGCCACAGGAGAGGUUGUGGAGGUUCGUGGGGUGACAGCACCUACUGAGGGCACUGAGGCUCCAGUAAUGGCAGUGCCUGCAGAGGUGACUGAGGUUCCUGUGCCUACAAGACCUGCUGGGACAGCAGCACCUGCUGGGGCUACGGAGGCCCCUGGGACUUCAGGGUCCCCUAGAACAGCAGCAGGUACCAAGAAAGCAACUCCUGGGGCUCACACUGGAGCUAUACCUAAGGCAGGGCCAGCCACUGGAGCUGUACCCAAGGGUGGAGCCAAGGGUGGAACCAAGUCCCGGUCUGGAGGCAAGGGCAAGAGCAAGAAAAGCAAGGUUGAAGUAGAUGAAUUGGGAAUGGGCUUCCGCCCUGGGGAUGGAGCUGCAGCUGCUGCUGCAGCCUCCGCUAAUGGGGGACAGGCUUUCCUAGCAGAAGUCCCUGAUUCUGAGGAAGGGGAGUCUGGGUGGACUGACACAGAGUCAGAUUCAGACUCUGAACCUGAGAUUCAGCAUAGAGGAAGGGGCAAAAAACCUGUUACGAUGCAGAAACGCCCUUUUCCUUAUGAAAUUGAUGAGAUUCUGGGUGUCCGAGAUCUCAGGAAAGUCCUUGCUUUGCUUCAGAAAUCGGAUGAUCCCUUCAUCCAACAAGUAGCCUUGCUCACUUUGAGCAACAAUGCCAAUUAUUCAUGCAAUCAAGAGACGAUUCGCAAGUUGGGAGGCCUCCCAAUUAUUGCAAACAUGAUCAACAAAACUGAUCCCCACAUUAAGGAAAAAGCUUUAAUGGCUAUGAAUAACCUGAGUGAAAAUUAUGAAAACCAGGGCCGGCUUCAGGUAUACAUGAAUAAAGUGAUGGAUGAUAUCAUGGCCUCUAACCUGAACUCAGCAGUACAGGUAGUUGGACUAAAAUUUUUAACAAACAUGACCAUUACUAAUGACUACCAGCACCUGCUUGUCAAUUCCAUUGCAAACUUUUUCCGUUUAUUGUCUCAGGGAGGUGGAAAAAUCAAGGUUGAGAUUUUGAAAAUACUUUCAAAUUUUGCUGAGAAUCCAGAUAUGCUAAAAAAACUUCUCAGUACCCAAGUACCAUCAUCAUUUAGUUCUCUCUACAAUUCUUAUGUGGAAUCAGAAAUUCUGAUUAAUGCACUUACCCUGUUUGAGAUUAUCUAUGACAACCUCAGAGCAGAAGUGUUCAACUACAGAGAAUUCAACAAAGGUUCUCUUUUUUACUUAUGCACUACAUCUGGAGUGUGUGUUAAGAAAAUUCGAGCCUUGGCAAAUCACCAUGACCUCUUGGUGAAAGUGAAAGUUAUCAAAUUAGUGAACAAAUUCUGAUUGCUAUGUGCUCUCAAAAGACUUGGAAAUUCUUGGUUUUGCAGUCUGGAAGCAUUGAAAGUUGAAAGUUACUGCUUCUCCACUUGCUUAUAUGUAAAGGGAUUCUUUCAGCUGCCAGUUUUGAAUAAUGUAUCAUCUAGAGUGAUGUUAUCUGUGACAGUCGCCAGCUUUAAGCUGAACCAUUUUAUGAAUACCAAAUAGUCCUCCUUUACUGAAAACACAUUUGUGAUCUUAAUCGUGCUGCUUGGAUGGAAUACUUUUACUGGUUCCUCUAUGUGAAUUGACAGUAAGCCUGUCCAUGAAUGGCCUACUCUGCUCUUACUUGUUUUGACUUGAAUUUAUCCACCAAAGACUUCAUUUGUGUAUCAUCAAUAAAGUUGUAUGUUUCAAGUG